GUGAAGCCAGGUGUGGUCCACGUACUCUGGCGGCUUGUUCCUCAUUUCUGGUUGUACAGCAGAGCAGAGCAGACAGGUGUGUGUUCAGGUGAGGAAAAACUUCAGAUCAGAGCGUUGAUACAUGACGCCUUAAACAUGUUGGAUCAGAGAGGCAGCCAGAUCCUCUCAGAGGGGUUUAACUUCACCCACAAGGACAAAGACUGUGUGAACACUGAUCCCAGGCCACCAGAAUAUGCCCAAGCCUUGCCCAAGAAGAGCACUGUGAAAGAGUUGCUAAUGAUGAAACGCCAGGUUUAUGUCUUCCAGAAAUGGGGCAGCAUCCAGGACAACAACACAGAGCCUAAGUUAAAGAUUGCAAAGUCUGAAGCAUUUGGAAAUGACAUGAGUCCACAUCCUCUGGUCCCUCCAGCUCCACUUGACUCUCCAGUUAUAAAUAAUUUCCCCCAAAGUGCUCCUGAUCCCUUUCUCCUGCAACAAGCGCAGCAUCCACCCCUGCAGGGAGCAGUGGCUCCAACAGCUGAAGUCAUGAUGUCUUUGUUUCAGUGGCAAAUACAGCAAGAGGCUCGGAGGGUUGGAGGAGUUUCUCCUGAGUUGCUAAACAUGCAGGAUUCAGAUGGUGACACAUUUCUUCAUAUCGCAGUGGCACAAGGUAAACGAGCUCUUUCCUUUGUGCUUGCUGCAAAAAUGUCAAACUGUGGCUCCCUGGAAAUGAAAGAGCACAAUGGACAGACGGCUCUUCAGAUAGCCGCAACCACCAACCAGCCCUUUAUUGUCCAGGACCUGCUGGGACACGGAGCACAAGUCAACACCAGGGACCUUUGGGGCCGCUCUCCUUUGCACGUGUGUGCUGAAAAAGGCCACUUUCUCAGUCUUCAGAGCAUCAUGAGGACCUUGAUGGGGAGUUGUCAACAGAUUGAUGUUGAAAUGUACAAUUAUGACGGUCUGACUCCUCUUCACGCAGCAGUCUUGGCUCACAACACUGUCAUUAGAGAGCAGAGGAGUCAGGGAAACUCUUGCUCACACAAGGUGAUGGAGCAGGCGAAGAGGAGACAGAUGUACGCCGAGUGCGUGAAGACUCUGCUGCUCAUGGGCGCCACCUUUUGGACAAAGGAUCUAAAAAGUGGACGCACUUGUCUGCACAUGGCAGCUGAGGAGGCCAACAUGGAGCUGCUCCACAUUUUCCUCAACGAGCCAUCUUCGCUGCCGAUUGUCAACGUUAAGACAUUCAGUGGAAACACAGCCCUGCACAUUGUCAGCGCUCUGCGAAGCCUCAACACUCAAGUGGAGGCUGUGAAGCUGCUGAUGAGAAAAGGAGCUGACCCCGGGAUCAGGAACGUGGAGAACGAUCUGCCGUGUCAGCUGGUUCCCGAGGGACCUGUUGGUGAAAAGGUGAGGAGAAUCCUGAAAGGGAAGUAUUGUCAUGCUUAAGUAAAGCUCAGAAACACUGUCAGUCAGACAGUCCAGUCUUAUAAAAGAUUUGCCCCAACAAGGCAGAUGUUGGUUGUUUCAGUGAAACAUACCCAAUGUUCAUUACAAAGUAAUGCUUUAAAGUUUGAGAUAUGUGUGUUUUGUUUUAACUCUUUGUAAUGACUUAUUAAUGAGAAUAUACCAUUUCAUUCUUGAUAAGCAAAUAUAAUAUGUGUGCUUGUGUUUGGAAUGAUUUGAUGUGGGGUAUGGAGAAUGUAAUCAUAGGUUGAGGUGGUUUUAAAUAAAAAGUUUGCAUGUUUUUAAUGUCUCUCUGGCCCUUAUGGACAGCUGUAUUUGUUAACAUUCAAGGUGUAAAUUGUUUGUUUAUGUCCGUGGCCCUGAUCAGGGUCUGGGUGUAUUUCUGUUCUGUGAAACUUCAAAAUAAAACAUUCAGAAACUC